AGUAAGGAACAUGGAGGAACAAAGGAAAAAAUAGGCUUGAGUAUAGAAAAACUUUAAAACUUGUAGUCCUGGAAACAUAAGCAAUAGUGAAAGCACUUAAAAAAAAAACAAACUGGGAACAAGAGUUGUCUUAAAUCUGCCUGACAAGCUGCUAGUAUAAUGACCUCCUAAAUCUUCAGCAGUGCAGCAACACUGCCUACCUUGCCCCUGGGUAUAUGGCUCCAUGCAACAGAAAGCAGUGACUUCAGCAAGAUGGGUUAUUACUCUCUGAUGUGAAUGAAGUCUGGAGGUGAUGAGUGGUCUGUGGUGGUUUCAUGAAGUCACCAGUGACCCAGCUGUGCAUUUUAACCACUGUACCACUCCCAGGGUGGCCUUGGCAUUCCUGUCUCAGCUGCCAGAGCAAAUGGCAUCACAUCCAUGUUCCUGGCAGGAGGAUCAACAGAGGGGAAGUACCUCGCCCACUGGCCAGAGUAUUUCAUUGUUGCAGAGGCACCUGGUGGAGAGUUAAUGGGUUAUAUUAUGGGUAAAGCAGAAGGCUCUGUAGCUAGGGAAGAAUGGCAUGGACAUGUCACAGCUCUCUCUGUUGCCCCAGAAUUUCGACGCCUUGGUUUGGCUGCAAAACUUAUGGAAUUAUUAGAGGAGAUUUCAGAACGAAAGGGUGGAUUUUUUGUUGAUCUCUUUGUAAGAGUAUCUAACCAGGUUGCAGUCAACAUGUACAAGCAGCUGGGCUACAGCGUAUACAGGACAGUCAUAGAGUACUAUUCAGCCAGCAAUGGGGAGCCUGACGAGGACGCUUAUGAUAUGAGGAAAGCACUUUCCAGAGACACUGAGAAGAAAUCCAUCAUACCAUUACCUCAUCCUGUGAGGCCUGAAGACAUUGAAUAACCAUGGGCAGUGGUUCUUAGGCUGAUGCUCCAGAUAUUUUAUGGACAAUAUUGUUUUCAUUAGAUGAUCCCGGAGCGCUAUUAGGAGAAAAGUAAUUAUUUAGGUCUUGCAGAUUUCAAGAAAAUACAGGUUAUAAAUUUGAGUCUUAUUGUUUCCAGUUAGCAAUAUCAUAACUAUUAAAGCUGUUCACUGUAAUAAAAUUCAGUCAAAAAGGCAGCUAGGUCAGAUGGAAACAUUUUAGUAUUUUGGUUCAUAAUAUUCACUAUAUGUUAAGGGGAAAAACUUGCUCCCGUCUCCUCCUAAAUUCUGUGCCUGAGAACCACUGCUGCAUACAUAUUUUUUAUUUUGUAUUAUCUGUUAAUUGAAGCUUUAAAAGCAUAUAUGAAAUGUAUAAAUCUUAAAUGUAUAAUAAAACGCAUUGUUGACCCUA